AUAUUCAGAUAUCUGUAGAUCCUACUAAUUAUUCUACAGAUGGAAUCAGAGCACUGUGUUUGUUUUUGCAGUACACUAAGGCUCUACCCCAUUCUUCUGAAGUAAGGAUAUGGUAUGCUGAAUUACCAGAUUGUACUCAUAGUAGAUCUUGUUUAGGAUGGAUGUAUUAUGUAUUCCCAUUUGCCUUCUUCUCAUCAUAAGUGAUAUCACUGAAAGAAUAAAAUUUAAAUCCACACUCUGAACAACUUUGUUGUUUUUGUGUCAUUCAUCUUGUCGUUCAGUUUGAAAGUUGUGUAACUGCAGUGUGACAGUCAGUAGGGGAGAGAGGGCCCCUGUGGUUUAAGAAGAGACUUCCCAAAAGUGAUGUGGAGUGAAAUCUCCACUCGCAGUUUACAUACUUUCUGGGAUUUUAGAUUUAUUGGUGGCACUGUAAUUUCUGACAGUGACAGUGAAAGUGAUAAUUACAUGGAAUAUUGUGCACUGUUUGAUAGUUUUACUAAAUGUUUUGAACAUGAAAUUAAAGGACAAGCACACAAAGAGGAGAAAUAAAGAUGGGUGCAGCAAGUUACAAGAGAUGUCACACAGAACGAAGGAAGAACAUGGGGAAAAACUGAGGAGAGGUGUGGAAGAAAGACAUGUUUACCUUCAGAGUGGCACUGUCUUAUGAAGAUAAAGAUUGCAGUGUGUUAAAAUUCACUGAAUGUGGAAAUGUUACAUAAUAUUAACUGCUAUUUGGAAAUUACUAUUUAUUUUUCUCCAAAAUAAGGUAUCCAAACUGGGCUAAUUCUAUUGGUAGAAUUAUGUUUUUAUUGAAAUUAAAAUUUGUAAGAAGUUGUCAUCUUGGCAGUUCAACUAUAAAGUUUGGAAAGAGGUUUAUUGGAACAGUCAUUAUUACUAGAGCAUGUACAUCAGUUCGUCUGAACAGUAAAUUUUAUUUGUUUUCUGUUACUUAUUAAGGCAUGAAGAUAAGCAGGAAUUCUUAGUGACAAAUAGAGAAAGCUGCAUGUUGUCAGUCGAAUCAUUUCUAAAAAUCUGGGUUAUUUAUUUAGGUUAAUUUUUUGAAUUUAUAUUCGCAUUAGCAAACCAUGACUAUAUAUAUCCCCAGGUCAUGACACUUUGACUCUGAUUGGUUAACGUUUUGCUUGCCUGUUGCAGAAAGCCCAAUCAUUUUGUUAUGGGUUCUCUAAUAACAAGUCUGGCUGGAUACAAAGAACUUGAAUAUGUAUGUUAUGAUAUAGGAUGAGAAUUCGGGGACAGUUGGCAUAAGUGACUUUUCUUCUAUUCCAUGCAUAAGAGAAAUUUUUUUUAACCUUAUAAGUACCAUGGUGUCAUUCAGGAGUCCAUUUGAUAUGUAUCACAGCUCAGGCCUGACAAGAAACCCAACUUUCUAUUACAAGUAUCAAGGAACUAACUGAACUAGCAAGUUGACAUCUUCCUAUCCCACUGCAUCUAGAGUAAUAUAUUUGCCAAUUUUGUGUGCUUACCUUUUAAUACAGUGACCUACCAUUCAAAGUUAGAGCACAUAAUGCGAUUGAAGACCAUGGGUUCAAUUCAAGGGCUCCAAAAUAUUUAAUUUCUUGCUAUACGUAGCCAUCACGUGAUUGAACCAACAAAUUUAUAUGUAGCUAUCCCAGUGUGUAAAAAAAUGCGUUUGCCAUGGAAUUCAGAUUCAGCCUGGUACAGAGUAAGAACCAUUUAUUGUUUGAGUAUGAUGUAACAUUCGGGGCUGAAGUUUGAGGUCAGGUGCUCCGGGUUACGUCACAUACCUCAAUGAAUUAACUGUAAACUGCUAUGUGGACUUCAAAUUCUUGCACAACUUCCACUAAAUUUGGGUCAGGUAAUGGGAUUUGGUAGAAAAAUCUAUCAUGUUGAUUUCAAACUCAUUUUUCUUCGUUAUGUUAAGUUUAUCAUAAUUCUUUUCUCUGUUCUUCAGCAGAGUCCUCAGAAUGAACAUGAACUUGAGCAUGGUGGGGGACAUCCCAGUUCCUGUGAUGAAUGCAGUAAAACAUUUUGUUCGCCAAGUGUUCUAAAGAGACAUCAACGCACACAUAGUGGAGAAUAUCCUUAUACCUGUAAUGUGUGCAGUAAGUCGUUCGGACAGAAUCAUAAUUUGAAGAUACAUAAACGUGUACAUAGUGGUGAACAUCCAUAUUCGUGUGAUGUAUGUAAUAAAUCAUUUGCUCAGAAGUAUAAUCUCAAAGAACAUAAAGUCAUACACAGGGGUGAGCAGCCAUAUUCCUGUGAUGUGUGUAAUAAAUCAUUUAGAGCUCCUAAAAAACUGAAAAUCCAUCAGCGCAUACAUAGUGGCAAACGUCCAUAUUCCUGUGAUGUGUGUAAUAAAUCAUUUAGAGUUCCUACAACUCUGAAGAUCCAUCAACGCGUACAUAGUGGCGAACGUCCAUAUUCUUGUGAUGUAUGUAAUAAAUCAUUCACUCAGAAGAAUACUCUGAAAGCACAUCAAGUCGUACACAGUGGCGAGCGGCCAUAUUCCUGUGAUGUGUGUAAUAAAUCAUUUAGAGUUCCUAAAAUUCUGAAGAUCCAUCAAAGUGUGCAUAGUGGCGAACGUCCAUAUUCUUGUAAUGUAUGUAAUAAAUCA